GGGGAUAAAUACGGGCGGUGCGCGGCUCAGAGCCGUCACUCUGGAAAAUGAGCAUCAGGAGCCCGCCCCUCUUGUGCCUCACGCUGGUGCUCGCCGUCACCCAGGCCGUCUCCCCCGGCCGCCACCUGCAGCCCAAGGCCCUUCACCUCGACUGGCCCAAGGACUGCGGGCUCGCGCACUUCAAGCCCAACAUGGCGGAGCGCAUAGUGUCCGGCAACGAAGCCCGGCCGCACUCCUGGCCGUGGCAGGUCUCUCUGCAGGUUCGUCCCCGAGGGAGUAAACACUACAUCCACGUGUGCGGCGGAACUCUGAUCCACAAGAACUGGGUGCUCACCGCGGCACACUGCUUUCAGAAAGGGAAGGCAGAGGAAGCCGGGAGCUGGCGAAUCGUCCUGGGGAAGCACCAGCUGAAGCGUUCGGAGACGGCCGAGCGCAUUUUCCCCGUCCGGCGCAUCUACCGCCACGAGAGGUUCCGUUACCCCGCACACAGCGAGCUGGACUACGACAUCGCCCUGGUCAAGGCCGCCACCGACAUCAUACCCAGCAACUUCAUCCGCUAUGCCUGCCUGCCGCGCAGACAGACCGCCCUCAAACCGGGACACUACUGCUGGGUGACAGGCUGGGGGGACACGCGGGGUGGGAAGGAGAACGUGUCUCUGGCCGAGGCUCUGAACCAGGCCCGCCUGCCCAUCAUUGACUUCAAGACCUGCCGGCAGAAGAAGUUCUGGGGGGACCGCGUGCGGGACUCCAUGAUCUGCGCUGGCUUCCGCGACACGGAGGGGCCGCCGGCCGCCUGUCAGGGGGACUCGGGGGGGCCCCUCCUGUGCCAGCUGGGGCGUGACCGGUGGGAGGUGCACGGCGUGGUGAGCUUCGGGCCAAUCGGCUGCACCGUGGAGAACAAGCCCAGCGUCUUCACCCGCACCACCGCCUACAUCCCCUGGAUCGAGGCCACCCGGAUCCGGGACUUCUUCCUGCACUGACGCCCCCCCCCCCCCCCCCCAGACAGAACCGGCCCACUCCCCCACCCACCACCCACCACGCAGCCAGCCACCUCCUGGUAACAGCGGCGGACUCUUCCGCCACCUACAGGCCCCGACGAGGCAACGCAGCCGACGUUCUCCCCAUGUGGGAGCAAGCCCCGCAUUAUUUUGCCGCGUCCCGAUCAGCCGCUCAUCUCUGGGUCUCUGCGGUGGUACAGACAGCCCGGGCUCCCUUCUCCUGCCCCUUGGCAGCGCUUGGUUUCCCUGUUCCGCCGCCGCUGUCCCUGACAACCGCCCAGAUUACCGCCAGUCACACCACGCGUUACAGCACGGAUAAGCUACCAUAAUGCAUGAGCGCGUUUCAUUGGUCGAAGUGUUCAUAACUUCUUUACAUCUCAGUGUUACACCUCUUCGCAUUGGAAAGUGAACUGCAUGUCUUCUGUGCUCCGUAGAACACAUUUCUUAAUUUUCAACGAUCCACGCAAGAGUUCUCACAAUCAUUUUUGCAAGUUAUCUCCUUGAAUCAUUAUUGACCAUCAUCAUGAACAAUGUGUCUACCCAAAGUAGAUCAUUAUUUUAUUUAGUCUUGACAAAUGAUUAAAAAAAAACAAAACAAUAUGGAAACCCCUGUCUUUUCUACAGCAACCAGUAACAUUACAUUAUUUUGUUUUACAUAUUGGUGAAAUACAGAACUAUUUUAAUGAAGAACAAGAUGAUUUUACAGCCUGGAUCAAUUUAUAUAUAGUGUUUAAUCUUUGCAUAAUUUAAUAAUUACAUUGACAGUCACAUCAUUUCUGGUAAAACAGUGUAGACCAAGGCAUCUGUUCCACCUAACCACGUGGGGUUUAUCCUUUGAAAUAAAAAAUUUAAAUAAAUAUUUUACACAUUACAAAUAUAAACUUUUACAUGUUGAUUUUGGGAAUUAUGAAUUCAGGUGAUAAGAAACAAAGCUUAUAAUUAGACAAUGUGCAAAAAAAAGCUUUCUGGGUUUAGAUUGAACAUCUAUCGAAUUUAAUGGCUUCCAGCUUAUAUACUUAGGAUUUAUUAUUUUUUAAAUAUGUAUAUUCUUAAAAGGACUGACUGAUUUUACACCCAACUCUAUAAACAGUAUUCACCAUGUUGUCUUUUGGACAAUACUGCAUUGUAAAGCGCUAUACCGUGCACUUUGCAAUACAGUAACUUUAAAUGUGAACUUGGUGUUCAGUUAAUUACUAUUUAUUUAUCCAGUAUUGCA